AAGAAGAACAAAAGCGCCGCUCACUGCGCGACGAAGAAGAAGAAAAGCGCCGAGGAUGGGGGACUACAGGCACCCGGUCUUCUUUGAAUUGCCCCUUCUGGAGGACAAGGCGAAGGAGAAGGUGCAGAAGUACUUUCAGAUCCGGAGAAAGUCGGGCGGCGGGGAGUGCGGCCCCCUGCAGCAUAUCGGGGGCAACACAUACAAGAUUUCCUUCAAGGAUCCAGAGGCUCAGCAGCGAGUCCUCCAGAGAGGAAACCAUGUGCUGGAGACAUCCACCGGCCCCAUUUUGUUCUCUGUGUGUUUGGGUCCAGACCUGGUUUCUGCAGCCAGUCCCACGGGCGCAGCACAACAAACAGUCACAGCAGAUCCAGAAAAGGGACAUGAUUUCCUGUCCACCACUGUGGUGCCCUCAGGUGGCCAACAGAAGGAAGAAGCUGUGUCUCUGGACCCAUACCUCGUGCGCUAUUUAAGAGACUGCCCAAAAGCAGGAAGUGAUCUCCAGCUUCUGCUUUCUUCUCUGUCUUCCACUUUCCAGCUUUAUCCAGAAGAAGAGAAGGUGGUGGUGAUGGGCAUGGCCCAGGUGGGUCACGUAGGCAAAUGGGAGGCCCAUGUACACCAGGUUUUUGAUAAAAUACGGAAUAAAUACUGUUGCCAUUAUUUAGCAGACCAGAAGAAGCUCAAGACCCUGCUGGAGACUACAUAUAUGCUUACUGAGGAUAUGAAAGUGUACAACGAACCAGGGGAGGGAUUUGCAGUAAUAGUUGGUGAGGACAAGGAGGUGCAGGAAAGGCUGUUAUUGCUGGAAAAACUGAACGAAAUCAAAUCUCCGGUAUCACAAAAGUGCGUUAGUACUAGCUGUCUGGUCGGGGAAGCCAAACUUAGUCUAAUAUGGAAAGAUCUUGAGACAGACCUGAAACAGGUUUUCCCAGGGAUUCGGCUGUCGCAGGCUGGCUCUGGCAAGGUGAUGAUUGAGGGCCCAAUGAGCGACAUUAUGGGGGCCCGUGAAAUGGUGACGGCUAGAGCUGCACUGGUUCAUGAGAAGGAGGUUGCUGGGAUCUCCUCCGCACUGCUGUCCUUCUUGAGCGCACAAGGACACGAAGCACUAACCAGCACCUUAGGAAAUGUCGAAGUGAGAGCCGAGUUUACCAUUUCAGGGCUUUCCUUGCUGUCCUUGUCAAAAGAAGCAUUGGAAGAGGCACAAAGGGUCUUCCUCACUCGGAUAGGGGAAGACAACAUGCUUGUUCCAGACUUACCAAACAUGCUCAGACUGAAGGAGGAGCUGCAAUCUGAGGAACUACAGCUGAACCAGGGCAUGAUCAGGGUGAAGAUGGUUUGCAGGCAGGACAGUGAUGGGGAUGCAAGCUACAUCCAGUUGUUAGGCUACCGUGACCCAGUCAACAAACUGAAGAAGGUAGUCCAAAGGUUCCUGGAGGACCAGUCUAUCCUUCAGACCUCAGUGGUAUUGCCCUUCCCUGAAGCGUGGGACAACUUUUGUGACCUGUUGACACUGCUUGGUGUUGAUCACACAGGGGUGCAAUUUUCACUCCCAACCACACAAGAACCUUCUAGGGUAGUUCUCACAGGGCCCAAGCAUUUAGUAACCUCUGUCUGCAGACAGGUCAGCACAGCAUUGAGCUCCCUUGUCCAGGAGGUCUUUACCAUCGAUCGUCCAGGAUCCCUCCGGUAUUUCACGGGUCCGGGACGGGAGUACCUGCAAGUGGUGGGGCGCACUCACCGCUGCCUUGUUCAGUUGCGGGGCUCCGGCAUUCCAGAGGAACCCAGUUACCAGCUGGAGGGGGGAAUGUGUGUACGUGUGCAGCACGGCAAUAUCACCCAGGAGAAAGCGGACGCCCUGGUUAAUGCGGCCAACGAAGACUUGGAGCACAGAGGGGGUGUGGCCCAGGCACUAAGUUUGGCAGGAGGUCCGGAAGUACAGCAGGCAUGCCGGGAGCUGGUACGGCGGAGUGGGAAGGUGCCCACAGGUACAGCAGUCGCCACCACACCUGGCCAGUUGCCUUGUAAGGUGCUGGUGCAUGUGGUAGGGCCUGUGUGGAGCAUAACUCCAGGUGCAAGAAGGAUGGUGCGGGCUCAGCUAGAGAGUGCAGUCAAGGCGGCACUCGAACUGGCAGAGAGUCACGGCUGCCGCUCCCUGGCUAUGCCAUGCAUCAGCUCUGGCGUUUUUGGUGUGCCCUUUGACCUUUGUGCCACAGCCAUAGUUACAGCCGUGAGAGACUUUGGCAGGAGUUCGCGUAUCUUACAGAGAGUCACAUUGCUAGACAUGAAUGUCGAAGCAGUGAGAGCCAUGCAAGUCAGCUGCAACACACUUCUUGGAAGGAGGGAGCCCCCUGCUGCGAGGGCCGUGCAGCGCACAGAUACAGGACGGUUGGAGUCCAUCAGAGCAACUGCAGGGGGCGCUGCUGCUGCUGAAUCCUUGAUCCACGUGAAAGUUAUCGUGGGGAACAUUGAAGACCAGGAGGUGGAUGCCCUCGUUUCACCCAUGCUGGGUCUCAACCCCCUGUCAUCCAAGGUGGGAAAAUGCCUUAUGAACAAGGCUGGAAAAGGCCUGGAGAACGGGUUUGAGCAGGCUACUCGGGGCAGGCGCGCUGUGCCUGGGGACGUGGUGCUAGUGGAAGGGAAAGGAGCUCUAAAUGUGUGCUGUGUCUUCUUCAUCCGCUGUGAACGCUGGGCAGGGGUUUCACAGAGUUCUGCAGCGGAGACUCUUCGACGAGCUGUGAGGGAUGUCUUGAGAUCAUGCGAGAGCUGGGGUUUUGUCUCCGUGGCAUUUCCUGUGAUCGGGACUGGCCGUAGUAUGGGCUUUCCCCACUCUGUGGUAGCUCAGAUUCUCCUGCAGGAGAUCCAGUUGCACGAGGAAACCCGAGUAUCUGACACAGCUUUGUGUGUCUUUAUAGUCAUUCACCCCAGCGACAAGCACUCAGCAGCAGCUUUUGAGGCAUCCCAGAAUGCUGUUCACCUACGGGGAUUCCAGAUGUCCAUACUCCAAGGCAGGGCACCUUUCUAUCGCUGCAUCUCUUUAACCCAGGAUGAGGUCUCUGUCAUGUUGGGUGCUGUCAAGUUGCAGCUGGUCUUUGGAGACAUCAUAAAGGAGACAACAGAUGUCAUUGUCAAUUCAACGAAUUUCACAAGUGAACAAACUGGUGUGUCAAAGGCCAUCCUGACAGCAGCAGGGAAGAAUGUUCAAGAUGAAUUUGACCGAGUGAAAUCUCAAGACGAUGGAAUCUGCUUCACACUAGCAGGAGCCUUAGCCUGCAAAAUCAUUGUACACAUUUGUGCAAAUAAGGACCUCGACCUGGUGAAGAAGCUCUGUGGCAAGGUUCUGAAAUUCUGUGAACACAAGGGUUACAGAUCUGUUGCCUUUCCUGCCGUGUGUGCAGGUGGAGCCGGGCUGGGUGCCCCAGCAGUUGCCUCAUCAGUGCUUGACGGGUUGGCCUGUGCAGUGCGGGACUCCUCCUUCACCCAUCUCUCUCUUAUCCGUAUCGUUCUUCUGCUGAGACCAGUGUUUGAAGCCUUCAGGUCAGAACUGGAGAGUCGUCUAGGAGACCAUGCUCCAUCUCCUUCCCUUAAAGAACGAAGCAAGAAAUUUCUGAAACAGAUACUGAAAAAAGAUUCAGAAACCUCUUUGGUUUCUAAUAGCCCCGCCGAGAUUUCCAUGUUGACCUUGGAUUCCUGGCGCCCGCUCCCGGCUGUGGUGUGUGUUACGGGGCCGGGGCAGCAAGCCUUGCGGGAUGUCCAAAGAGACCUGGAGGCAGUUUUGCAGAAACAGCUCUACGACCGGGAAUUUGAGGCUGAAGAUCUUGCAAAGUUGUCCCGUGAAGACCUGGCCUCACUUAUGAAGCUAGCACAGGAGCAGGAGCUCAGUCUUCAGCCUGAGGGGGUAGGAGAGAGGCCUGGGAUAGGGCCAAGGCGCUAUGUAGUCCGAGGUCUAAAGGAGACGGUUCUUCAGUUUAGUGACGCUGUCCAGCAGGCACUGACGGGUGCUCUUUGUAGGAAGUUGCGUGAAAGAGAGGAGGUGCUGAUGUUCCUCAGUGUCCAGUGGAUGAUCCUCACUGCCAGGGCAGAGUGGGAGGAGAUGGACCUGAAACAUAAUUACACCCUUGAGCAGAAGUACCAGGAAAAUAACAGUUCAGUGUUGGACUUAGACUGCCCUGGAGGGGAUGUGCUAAAGGUGGACCUUGGAAAAAUGGAAGCCACAUCCAAAAAUACUGGGCUCACCUGCAGACUGAAAAGGAUGGAGCAGCAUACAGAAUACAACCCUCCUUCCUGCUGGGACCCCAUGGCUCCGGGAGAAUCCAUAAAGAAGGUCCUCCUUGAACAAGACUCACCUGAGUACCGGGACGUGGCCCAAAAUUUUCUGAGGACAGCCACAGGACACACUAUACACAAAAUUGAGCGCGUGCAAAACAUUCACCUGUGGCGCUCGUACUGGGGCAAAAUGCAGCAGUUCACGGAGAAGAAUGGAGUGGGUCAAGUUGGAGAGAAGUUCCUUUACCAUGGCACAUCAGUUGCUGCAUGUGAUUCCAUUAAAAGGGAGGGCUUUAACAGGAGCUUUGCAGGAAAGCAUGCAACGAGACAUGGAGUGGGUGUGUACUUUGCGGUACAUGCCAGUUACUCAGCCAGCCUUGCGUUCACCCCUCCUGACCAGGCAGGACUGCGGUACAUGUAUGUGGCGCGUGUUCUGACUGGCCACUACACCGUAGGAACUGAAGACAUGAAGGUUCCCCCACUUCGCUCCGGAACAAACCCACCCGAUCGCUUUGACAGCCUAGUGAAUGCUGCCAAUAACCCCAGCAUGUUUGUGAUUUUUCAUGAUGACCAGGCCUACCCUGACUACCUUAUCACUUUCAAAUGAUCUCUCAUGGCUCCUUCUUCCUUUGUAUGGCUACUAUUCAUUUGAUCUUUUUUCACAUUGUUCUUGUUGUCAGCAUAACUUUCUUAUUAAAGCCAUAAUUUCUGUUUGCGGAGUGCUGAGAUGAACAGUGUUUUCCAAAGGCAGAACUAAAACUGCUUAUAAUACAGCAACGCCUUCCUGUAUGUAUUAGAGGUGUUCCCAAAGGAAUUUCAUAGGUGUUUCUACAGAAUAUAGUAGAUAUUAGGAAGUAAUCAGGGCAGCUGAUGGCAGAGUGGUUGAAUCUGCUGCCUUUGUACCGAAAGGUUGCAGGUUGGAAUCUUGUUUCCAGCAGUAGGACCUUUAAGCAAAGU